UUUCGGGUUUUGCUUGCAUGAGACUCGGCUUCGCCUAGAAGAGGGGCUGCAGAAGAUCGAAACUUGGUGGUGAGAAGAGGAGGAAUUGAAAGAUUGAGAUGCUCGGAUCGGUCGCUCUACAAUCUCCGCCGCUCCAGAUCAGGCCGGGUUACGUGUGGGAGACCGCCGCCGCUGGCCUCUCGUCGUCGAGGCUGGCGCCGAGGUCGAUCGUCGUCUGCGACGCGCAGCGGAGCCACGGGUCCAUCCCCAAGCUCAAGCCUUUCAGCAGGAGCCGCUUCGAACGCUGGUUAAAGGAUCCGCCUUUCUUGCAGCAGAUCGAGAACGAGAUCUCCGAUUACUGCACAACACUUGAAGGUGAUGAUUGCUAUAGCUGUUGGAGGGCCUAUUUUGAGCUGAAGGAUCUUGAACAACAAUGGCCAAAAGAAGAUGUGGAGAAGCUGGUGAGGCAGGUUGGUGGAAUCAAGAUGCUGAUUGACUGUUUGCAUGGCAUCACAGCAAUGCUAAAGAAGAAAGAAAAAGAAACCGAACCACCGAAACCUGUGACCUCAUGCCCUCAAAGAGAGAGACCUGUGACCUCAUGCCCUCAAAGAGAGAGACCUUUUCCUGUUCCCGACGGAUUGCCUCCGACCGAGGAAGAGCUUGAAGAAGCCGAAAGGGCCAGAAUGCCGGAUUCUCCUUUUACCAGACUACUCAGAAGCAAAGGGAAGUUCCCUGCUUGGUACACACCACCCCCAGACCAUGAGACUGAUUGAAUUGUUUGUGGUACUGGUAGCUGAACUAUAGAAUAUAUGUACAUAUCAGACAACCUAAUGUAGUGGCAUAUAUGAAGUUGUUGAACAUCUUGGAGUGUGGUUUCAUCAUCAUUCCAUGUGUGUUAUGUAGUCGAACAGCUACAGACCUUUGUUUCACUUAACUGGGCAUAGAUUUGGAUUGCAUCUGAUA